AUGGCCACCCUGCUUCUUAACCUGCGCCACGGCAGAUAUGCCAACACUAUUCACCACCACCAUCACCACUUCGAAAAUUCUAUUCCCAUUUCCAGCUUGACCACCUCAAAUGUAAUGAACCCAAUUCAACGGAUCAGAUUCUCCGAUGGCUGUCUGAUCGAGCCCCACCACCUGAGCCGUGCCAUGCAGGCCUUUGCUGAUGCCCGUGAUCGCCGUGCAGCUGGAUCUCUCCACACCCACCUCAUAAAACUCCAUUCUCAUUGUUCCAUCUCCCUAUGGAACAAAAUGCUCAACAUGUAUUGCCAAUGUGGUCAUAUCCGCUGUUCACGUCAAGUGUUCGAAGGAAUGCCCCAACGAGAUGUAAUUUCAUUCAAUACGAUGAUUUCUGCUUAUGUUCGCCAAGAACAGAACACUGUCGAAGCUCUACACCUUUACUCUAGAAUGCGAGAAGAGAAUGUGAAGCCGAACCACAUUACUCUAUCGGCAUUGCUUGGUGCACGUGGGAGUGUAGAAGCUCGAGACUUGUUGGAGCAAAUUCACACCCAUGUGGUAAAACGUGGGUCGAAUUCUAAUGAGUUUGUUGGUAGUUCUUUGAUCGAUGGCUACUCGAAAUGCAUGAGAUUGGAGGGAGCAAUUCGGGCAUUUGAUGAGAUCAAGGAAUUGGAUUUGAUAUCAUGGAACGUGAUGAUUGAUGCAUGUGUGCGUAAUGGUAGUGAAGAACAUGCCCUGAGAAUAUUUGAUAGGAUGCGACAGGAGGGUGUUGGAUUCGAUUGCUUCACAUUGACGAGUGUUAUCAAGACGUGUACGGAACCAAGAGAUCUAGGCCGUGGAAUGCAGAUCCAUGGUUGUGUGCUGAAAGCAGGACUGGCUUCGGAAACGCCAGUCGGGAAUGCCCUCAUGACCAUGUAUUCAAAAUGCGAAGAAGGGAUGAAAUCCGCUGCCGGGGUCUUUAGGAGGAUUCAGGCCCCCAACAUCAUCUCGUGGACAGCAAUGAUUGCAGGGUCCACACAAAAUGGGCUGAACAAGAAAGCAAUCAGGCUUUAUCGUGAAAUGCUGAGACAAGGCCUAAAGGAGAAUGAGUUCACCUUCGCCAGCAUUCUUCCUGCAUAUGCUAGUUUAGCAAGCCUCGAACAAGGGAAGCAAGUUCAUGCCAGGAUUGUAAGAUCAAAAUGCGGGUUGGACGUGUCGGUGGGGAAUGCUCUUAUAGAUAUGUAUUUCAAGUGUGGCAGCUCAGCAGACGCUGAAUUGGCAUUCACGACCAUGGAAAAUCGUGAUGUCGUGUCAUGGACAGUGAUGAUCGCAGGGUAUGGUCAGCAUGGGAUGGGAAGUGAGGCACUUGAGAUAUUUGAAGCGAUGAGAAGCAAAGGCAUCAAACCGGAUGGUAUUACCUUUCUUGGGAGUCUAUCUGCAUGUAGCCACUGCGGACUUGUGGAUGAAGGGCUCCGAAUUUUCCGCUUGAUGAUCGAUGUUUAUGGAAUCAAACCCAAGAAGGAACAUUACGCUUGUGUGGUCGAUAUGUUGGGCCGUGCUGGGAGGUUGAAGGAGGCGGAGAGGUUUAUAGAGGAUAUGGGAAUUGGGUCGGAUGCCUCUUCUUGGGAGGCUCUACUGGGCGCUUGUACGAUUCAUGGUGAGAUAGAGUUGGGAGAGAGAUCAGCGGAGAAGAUUAUGGAAUUGGAGCCAGAGAAGAAUGGACCAUACGUGCUGUUAUCAAACAUCUACGCUGAAAAGGGAAUGUGGGAAGAGAAGCGCAAGGUGAGGGGGAGAUUGGAUGCAAGUGGGUUGAGGAAAGAGGCGGGCCACAGCUGGGUUGCAGUGCAGGGCCACAGCUGUGGAAGUUUGGAUGAUGAGGUGGAAACCGCAGGUUAUAUUCCUACGACUCAAUCAAUGUGA